AACAAACGUUGUCCUAUGUGUGUGACGAAUGUUUUCCGUCAAAUUUUCGUGGUAACGAAUGCUAUACGAACUCUUCUCGACAUCAUACGAAAUUCUAACGGUUUUAAACCGGGACCAACCGAAACCAUAACGACAAAAUUAUAUUUUAUCGGAAGCUGGUCGGAAGUACGAGCACUGCAGUAUUUUAUAAAAUUUGGCGGGAAAAUAAUUCUUUUGGUGUUUCUCCUUGAAUAUUGAUACUCUAACAUGGAUUUCAGCCAGCACGAGAAAGAUAAUACUAAGAACUGUAAAAUACAGUCUCCGAUUCCUGAGAUAACCCGUUCAGAGCCUUGCUGUGUGGGGAUAGACGAAGCAGGACGAGGUCCUGUGUUGGGACCUAUGGUAUAUGGUAUUUGUUACUGCCCAAUAUCACAGUCAGAAAAGCUGAAAGAACUUGGAUUUGCAGAUUCCAAGACAUUGACAGAAGAACAAAGAGAAGCACUAUUUAAGACUCUGUCAGAGGAUAACACUGAUUUCAUUGGCUGGGUGAUUGAUAUCUUGUCACCAACCCAUUUAUCCAAUGAAAUGUUAAAAAGAACAAAGUGCAGCCUCAAUGAAAUUUCCCAUAACACAGCCAUUGGUUUGAUUCAGCUUCUCUUGAAGUCUGGUAUUAAUGUGAAAGAGGUUUAUGUAGAUACAGUAGGGGUGGCCAACAAGUAUCAAGAAAAGCUCCAAAACAUCUUUCCAGAUCAGCAGAUCACUGUUACUCCAAAAGCAGACUCCAAGUUUCCUAUAGUGAGCGCUGCUAGUAUUUGUGCAAAGGUUGGACGAGACAGGGUGAUCAAAUCAUGGAAGUUUAUAGAGAGAUUAGAAGUGACUGCUGAAGACUGCGGUUCAGGUUAUCCUUCAGAUCCCACCACCAAGAGAUGGCUAGCUGACAAUGUAGACAAAGUGUUUGGUUUUCCUCAGUUAGUUAGAUUCAGUUGGGCAACAUGCAGUACUAUCUUAGACAACAAGGCUGUUGAUGUCAUAUGGGAUGACGAUGGCGACAGUGAUGAUGAAGCAGCCAAAGGAACAACUGCGAUCACAAACUUCUUCUCGGCUAACAACGGUAAAGAUGUACCCAAGACACACAAGUUUUUCCUAGAACGUAAUCUGGAGUCAAUGGAAGCUUUUUAAUGCAUAUGCACCCGUGAAGACCACCCAAUUACAUCAUAUGGAUAGGCGUAUAUGCAGUAAGACAAUGGAACUGAAUUAACCCUAUUAGUGGGGACAAACCCCCCCAAAAAUGUUUGUUCUGACACUAGAGCCACCAUACUUCACUUAGGACUGAUCUUCUGGACAUGUUCUGAUCAACAAAUGAAGUACUUAUUUGGAGUAUUCGUACAAAAGCCAUAAGGGAGAGAGGGAGGGUAUAGACACAUGCAAAUAAAGAUUACAGAGGCGGUAUUUUA